GUAAUCAAACCGGUCAUCCCCAGCCACCCCGCCAGUUGACUAGCUCAUUUCCUCGGUAAUCCAGUAUUAUCAAUGACUACAACAUACACUCUUCCGCCGUUGGAUCCUUUACUGAAGAGGAGUGCAAAGCGCACGAGAGACAUAUUUGCAUCAUGUCCAGAUGAUGGAAUGAAGGAGGAUGAGAAGAGCGCGCGAAUACGUCUCUCGGUGAAGAUUAACGACGAAUACCGUGAUUUCAAAGAACUCCCUCCUGCAUUACUUGCUCAACAAGGUCCUAUUGGUCCUACUCGGCCAAAGGAGCAGAGAAAGGCAAUCACUGCCGGACCAUCCAGCGACACAUCAAGAAUGAUUGCCACAAUAGACAAUACACCCAAAGUGCAACCCUCCACGUUCGUUACGUCCAAUAAGCUCUCCGAGGCUCUAACUCUACACAAAACGACUCGUACCAUCAAGCCAACAUACCAUCCACCAUGGAAGCUCGUCCGCGUGAUAUCUGGCCAUUUGGGUUGGGUUCGCAGUGUAGCGGUUGAGCCAGGAAAUAAAUGGUUUGCUACUGGUGCUGGAGACAGAGUCAUUAAAAUUUGGGACUUGGCUUCAGGGGAGUUGAAGCUUUCCCUGACCGGUCAUAUUUCUACUGUCCGAGGACUGGCUGUUUCACCGAGACACCCGUACUUGUUUUCGUGUGGUGAGGACAAGAUGGUGAAGUGUUGGGACCUCGAAGCAAACAAAGUUAUUCGGCAUUAUCAUGGUCAUCUUUCAGGCGUUUACUCUUUAAGUUUACAUCCGACGUUGGAUGUUUUGGUCACAUCCGGUCGUGAUGCCUCAGCUCGUGGACAUUCUGCAACAGUAGCGGACGUCAAGUGCCAAGAAUCCGAUCCACAAGUCAUCACUGGAAGUAUGGACUCGACGGUUAGGCUGUGGGACCUAGCAGCUGGAAAGACGAUGGUUACCCUCACCCACCACAAAAAAUCUGAGGGUGCAUUUGUACACAACUUCUCCGGUCAUAACGCUAUCAUAAAUACGCUUUCUGUCAAUGCAGAAGGCGUAUUUUUCUCUGGUGGUGAUAAUGGCACACUCACGUUCUGGGAUUAUAAUACGGGGACUCCAUUCCAAAAUCUUGAUGAUGUACCACAACCCGGUUCCCUCGAGGCGGAAGCCGGUGUCUUUUGUUCGACCUUCGAUGUGACCGGAACGCGGCUCAUUACUGGUGGCGCUGACAAGACUAUCAAGGUUUAUGCCGAGCAGUCGCAAUAAUUGCCGCACGGUUGCAAGCGCACACCAUUCUAUACGAAGCGCAUAUUCAGGUUGAAUGUUCCGUGCUGUAGGUUGUGCUCCCAUCGUAAUGGCAUCAUUGGUUUUGAUUGAGUGGUGUAUUCCUUUAUGCUCGAGUCAUCUCUACGAAUGUCAAUGGG